CGUGUCUGUAUCAGAUGAGAGGGGGUCACCCAGGAUUCCCUUCGAGCUGCUCUCCAGGAAAAUAAAAUGAAAUGAAUCAAGGUUUAGUUUGCACCUCGGUUACGGGAUGAGACCAGCUCGUCGGCGCUGCUGCUUUAUUUUCUAUCAUCGAUUGGGGUUGUUUUAGGAAGAUGUGGAACGGGAAAGAAAAGUGAGGCAGAACAUAUCGGGAAUAGACAGAACAUCUCUGACAAAACAAGACGCGCAGUAGCGAUCGGUACUUUAAUUGACAUUAUUCUGAGUGUUUGUUUGUUUUUUGUCCGGAGCAAUACGUGGAUAGAACAAUGGCACGGUAGUUUUCCCUCUGUUGGAUCAAGAUAUGCGCUCAUCAGCCAUCAGUUAGUGCUCUAAAGAGCCUCCAGACAGUCCGGAGCUUUGCGCAUCAGGCUGAGCAAAAGUUUUAGAUGUCACCGUGUCUGUAGACCCCGAUGGGAUCCGAUCGACCAGCUGCGGUAAUGAUCCAUCACGCAGCUCCAGUGCGAGGAGGUUGAAUUCAAAGGGUUGAAGUUUGCGGGGUGCAGGUGUCUCGUGUGAUUUCAGUGAGGUGUUCUUUUGUCAAAACACCGAGGAGAGCAGUGCCAGAGACAACCUCCAGAGAGCUGGGCUCUAUGAAGAUCGCGACACAGCCGUUGGUUUCCCCUCGCAGAAAUGCCAGUGCGUGCCGUGACCACCAGGUUCAUGUACAAGGGACUUUGCACUAUUCCAGAUAUCCUCUCCUACCGGCCCCCGGUGAUCCUGCCCGAGGAUGAGGUGGAAGAGAUUCGUGAGGCUUUCAAAGUAUUUGACCGGGAUGGGAACGGCUUUAUCUCAAAGCAGGAGUUGGGGACUGCCAUGCGCUCACUGGGCUACAUGCCCAAUGAGGUGGAGCUGGAGGUUAUCAUUCAAAGACUUGACAUGGAUGGUGAUGGUCAGGUCGGCUUUGAAGAAUUUGUCACAUUGCUUGGUCCCAAACUCUCUUCUGCUGGAAUGCCUGAUAAGUUCCACGGGGCAGACUUUGAUUCUGUGUUUUGGAAGUGCGACUUGCAGAAACUGACUGUGGACGAGCUCAAGAGACUCCUUUACGACACUUUCCGAGACCACCUCACUAUGAAAGACAUUGAGAACAUCAUCAUAACAGAGGAGAGCCACCUGAACAGUCCGGAGUCCCAUGUGGACAUUGAGACAAGCCCAACACAACAAGAAAAACACACGUGUGUGCGUAAAAGCCUGAUUUGUGCCUUCGCCAUUGCGUUCAUCAUCAGCGUUAUGCUCAUCGCGGCAAAUCAAAUGCUCCGCAGAGGGAUGAAGUGAAUUUGUGUCUCCGGCGGAUAACAUGUAUGUAAGGUUGGACUAAAAAAAGCAAAUGUUAACCCAAAUACUUUACUGCUGUUGGUUUUCUUCAAUAUUUUCAACAACCACAAUGAUGCUGUCACAGCUUUUCUGUAUAAUGGAUGAACUGAUGUCAUUAGGUGAUUCUGUACGACCGUAGCAUAACAUGGUAUAACAGGAAGACAGACAUUCCAAGGGCUGCUUAGUUCCCUGUAACAGUAAUAUAUCUGACUCAAAUGUCAAAGUGACAUAAGAAAGCAGACAAUAGAAGAAUUCAGUAUUUCAGUGUACAGUAUGUGCUGUAGAAAUAGCUGUGCUCGGUAUAAUAUAUCAAAACAAUUGAUGUUGUCCAUUAGAACUCUGCGAUUUGAGACACAGCUAAUAAUGAUAGUAUCGAUUAUAGUAAUAAGCAAUACAAAAGUGCAGAUGGGGUAAAUAUUGUAGCUUUAACUCACUUGCAAAAAACAUAAUGCCUAAUGCAGUGCAUAUAGUGUCUGUUUUGAGUGUCAGUGUAACAGAUUUUGAAAGCUGUGUGUGUGUGAGUGUGAGUGGGUGGAUGUGAGUGUGAGUGAGUGUGUGUGCAUCUGAGUGUGUGUGUGUGUGUGUGUGUGUGUUUGUGUGUGUGUCUAAUACGUCAAAAUUUACAGUGAGAAAAAUAUCUGUGCAACCAAUAACUUUCCCAUGUCUGUACUUUUUGUUUAGUGCCAAACAGCAAAUGUUUGCAUGUUUAUCGCACAAUGAGGUAGUGAAUACGGUAAACUUUAUACUUGCUAAACUUCAGCAUGUUACGAUCUUAGCGUAAACUGUUGUACCGGUUGUAACUGUUGUACAGACUCACAGAGCCACUAGCAUGUCUGCAAACUCAAAGAUAAAUACUGCGACGUUAUGAACAGCUUCAGAACAACUCACAGGGGGUUUCAGGAAAAUCACCCGAAUCUGUCACGUGCACUGAUUCGUUACUUUAUAAAGAAAUGUUACAAACAUAAACCAUUUCAUAUUUUGAAAAGAAUCAUGGCAUUAUCUAUAAAAAAAAGUCCAAGUUCAUUUUUAAAAUGACAUUUAAAAGCAAAGAACCCAACUCUGGAAAGUACUGCUAUAAAGACCUCCACCACAUGCUGUGUGCGUGUUCUCCAGUCAGCUGUUCUGCAGAAGAAUUUCAAUUAUUUCUAAAGAUGUCACGGAUUUCUAAUAAAACUAAAAAAAAGAUGAAUUGACUUUUUUAAUGCUCAGAGUGAGCCCUCUUGGCUGAACACCUGGGGAUUUAUUUGUAGGUCAAACAGCUAUUCUCUGAGCUGAAACGUGAAAUUGUUUGUCUAAGAUUCAAACAGAAGUGGACAAUUAAUUCCAAAUUAGAGGCAUGACACCCAAGGAAAUCAUACAAUCCCUCCAAGAAAUGUCGAACAAGAAUGUGUGCAUGGGUACGUAUGCAAAAAUCCAAAAUCCCAAGAUGAAUGUUGAUCUCCUGACCAUCAAACAACUGAUGAAACAUGCUUCUGUCUGCCUGUGAUACAUGUCAAAUGUUACAACAUAUUUUAAAUCAUUGCAUCUAUAAGAGAUGCCAAAGUGAGGGGUAAUGAGUCAAAGUGAAAGACAUUUGAGUAACUGUGAACUGAGCCACCAGCUGUGAAUACAAUUCAAUCAUAACAUGCUUAGAGUUCCAAUAAAACUUGGUAUUAACUGUAAUAUUUAUAGACAAUAUGUGUGGAGGAUGUAAAGUUCACAUGACACACUUGCAUGUACAUUAGACCGAAAAAAAAUUGUGUUUUAUGUGUGUGAGAGAUCACAUUUUGAAUUCUGACGUAUGUAUUCAAAUGAUUAUGCAAUUUGUGAAGUGAUCAUUGCAAGAAUAAUCUCAGUGUUUGACAUUUUCCUGUAAAUGUCAAAUGUUGUGGAUGUGCAAACAAUAUCAAAAAGUACUUGCAGUAUGCUGUGAAUAAUAAUUCAACAUAUCAUGAGAAUGUUGUUUUCUGGCUUUUACAUGGACCACCAAAACAACAUAUUGUUUAAAGUAUAACAUGGUUAUAUUUUCUUACUUGGAAGAGCAAAACAUUAAAUCUGUGUAAUUUUAUUAUGAAUGUAAGCAUAAUGUUUUGUAAAAAACAAACCAACAAAAUAUUAAAAAAGGCAAUUCUGAAGUAUGAUUUCCAGUUUGACUGGACAUUCAAAUACAAGUCCUUGAGUGUAUUAAGGCCAUGCUCUUAUAUCCAUUUUUCUGAUUUGUUAAGAUUGUCUUAUUUUUUCAGAAUGUUUAUUUUAACAAAUAUUUGUCAAAUAUUUACAAAAUGUUCUAUAUUUUUCUCACUCUUUUUAUCUUAAAAGUUUAUCAAAGCUAGAGCGCAAGAUGAGACAGUGGCAAUAAAACUGAUAUUUUAUCCCAUAGUAGCUGUUUGUGUAUGAACUACAUAUGAAAUCACAUUACCUCUCCAUGUGAACAUAUCAUGUAAUACGGUAUGGGUUUUGUGCAAAUAUGAAAUAUAUUGUGUCAGAUCUUGUCUUAGGACAUAUAAGCAAAUAUUGUGUCCUAUUCUUGUGUCACAGUGUUUUAAUGAGUGAAUUCAUGUAAACCUUGUUGAUGGUUGUCUCAAAUGUUCUUUACAAAUUUGAUUUAAACUGUUGAGAUUUUCGGUUCUGUGCCUUUGUCUCUUGGAGUAUUAAAACCUGCACACUCAUGCCCUGUCUUAAAGUAACUUUAGAAGACUUUUAGAAAGAUGAGUAAUUCACUAAAUAAUUAAUUCUAAGAAAAGACAAGCUGAUGCUAAAUGGGUAUAAAUAUUACAAUUUCUGAAGAAAUCGUUGUGGGAUUGCGCAACUGGAUUGCUGGCUUGAAUUUGUAUAAAAAAGCAAUUGAAGUUGUGUGAAGAGUUGGAAAUGUAAAAAAAAAAGAAAAAGUAAAUUCAAAUAAAUCAAAUAUGGGUAAUUGAUAUUUUGAGCUUGUGAAACGAUGUCAACAAAUGCUUUCACAGCCUGCGGCCGUAUAUCACCUUUUGUGUGCAUGUAACAAAAAACUGCACUAACGCAUCUGAAUAUGUGAAUUUGUAAAACAAAAAAAAUCUCACGUGUUCAAGUUUGUGAAUGUGUAAUAAAGAUUUGCAGCUGUA